CAAUGACAACCGUAAUGUUAGUUCACUCAAUUGGACUCAUUCUUCAUCAGUUUUCAAUUUUCAUUCAGUUUACUUACAAACUUGUGCAGUGGUUUUAACAAUUUUAAAAUCCGAAUUUCUCAAGUUUCCAUGAUAUAAUCCCAAAUUAUGGAUUUGUCUAGUAUUCUCCCCGCCCCCAUUCAACCGAUAUGGGACAGAGACGAUGAACGAAGAAAAAGGGCGUCAUUGAAACCUUCCACUGCCUUGGUAAGUGCACAGGCUAUUGCACCCCCUUAUGGACAACGUAGAGGCUGGGUGCCCCGUAACGUCACAGACUACGGUGACGGGGGCGCAUUCCCGGAGAUCCACGUCGCCCAAUACCCCCUGGAAAUGGGAAGAAACAGCAACACUACCUCAAACGCCUUGGCUGUACAAUUAGACGCAGAAGGAAAAGUAAAAUAUGAUAUUUUAGCAAGACAGGGACAUGGCAAGGACAAAAUAGUUUAUUCCAAAUUAUCUGACCUGUUACCCACUGAGGUGGUAUCCGAAAAUGAUCCCUCACUAGAAAAACCUUCUCAGGAAGAGAUUGAGGAGGUUACAGAUAGAACCAGAAUGGAACUGAUGAGAAUUACCAACAGUAAAAUAGCUGCUGCUAUGCCAGUAAGGGCGGCUGAAAAAUUAGCUCCUGCUCAGUUUAUUCGAUAUACACCAUCCCAACAAGGAGCUGCAUUUAAUUCUGGGGCAAAACAAAGGGUUAUCAGGCUAGUGGAGGCCCAAGUAGAUCCCAUGGAGCCACCCAAGUUUAAGAUAAACAAGAAGAUUCCCAGAGGACCUCCAUCACCUCCUGCUCCGGUACUACACUCCCCCACAAGAAGAGUAACAGUAAAAGAACAAAAAGAAUGGAAAAUACCUCCAUGCAUUUCAAAUUGGAAAAAUGCCAAAGGUUAUACUGUUCCCCUAGAUAAAAGAUUGGCUGCUGAUGGAAGGGGCCUUCAACAGCUACAUAUUAAUGAGAAUUUUGCUAAACUGGCUGAAGCUCUUUAUAUAGCUGACAGGAAAGCCAGGGAAGCAGUGGAAACUAGGGCUCAGCUUGAGAAAAAACUGGCUCAAAAGGAAAAGGAAGCCAAAGAGGAGCAUCUAAGGCAACUUGCACAGAGGGCGAGGGAUGAGAGAGCAGGGAUCAAAACCUCAGGUUCCAGUCAUCCUUCAAAAGGCAUGGAUGAUGAAGAGCAUGAAAGGGAGGUCUUAAGGCAAGAUAGGCACAAGGAAAGGGCAAGAGAAAGGAACUUAUCUCGUGCUGCUCCAGAUAAGAGGAGCAAGAUUCAGAAGGAAAGGGAGAGGGACAUUUCUGAGCAAAUUGCUUUGGGAAUGCCUGCCAGGGGAACUCAGAGCAAUGAGACACAGUUUGAUCAGAGGUUGUUUGGAAGGGAGAAAGGAUUAGGACAAGGUUAUGGAGACGAUGAAGCUUACAACGUCUACGAUAAACCGUGGCGCGACGGCGGCAGCAUGGCCAACCACAUCUACAGACCAAGCAAAAACAUCGAUAAAGAAAUUUAUGGCGGUGAAGAGUUGGAAAAAGCGAUCAGAACGAACCGGUUCGUACCAGAUAAAGAGUUUAGUGGUACGGAUCGUUCUGGCGCGGGCAGAAGCGGUCCGGUGCAGUUCGAAAAAGAGGAAGAUCCGUUCGGCUUGGAUCAGUUCUUGUCGCAGGCCAAGAAAGCCAGUAAAAGGAAGGAACCGGAGAAGAGAGACGAUAGGGAUAAAAAGAAGAGGAGAGAUUAGAUCUUCGGUGACAGUUGUCAGUUUUAAAGUGGACAUUUGCCAAUAAUAGAGAUUAAGUAAUUGGAUAUCAAGUUUUACGAUCUGACUUGACGCAUUCUUUAGUUGUAUAUGUAUAACCGUACAAAUGAGUUUCUUUAUUAUGGGAAUAAAUAUAAUUUUGUGUAUA